AUGCAUAGGCUGGAAUCAUCGUCAAACCAAGGAUAUGGACAUGAUUUGGCUGAUUUCAUUGGUGUUGAGAGUUGCAUUGAUCUACAAGCUGAUAUAAACCUCGAGUCCAAUACUCAAUAUGAUGGUUUGAAGAUCAAGAAAAGGCUUCAAAUGAAAAGAGAGAAAAUAGAUAAAGAAUAUCCUCCACCAAUACCAUGUCUUGUACACACAGAAAAUUACCCUUAUUCCAAAAUCAAAAUGCCUUGGGUGAUGAAGAGAUACACUGAAGAUGGCAGGUUGAUCAUUAAGGAAGAGAAAGUAAAACACUAUGAGUAUCUCGAGGCUCAUCGGUCCGAUGGACGGCUGACGCUUCGUCUCAUCCCGCUUAACAAUGAAGUUUUGAGAACACACGAUGAUGACGAUGAUGAUGAUGAUGAUGAUAGUGAAAAUGAGCUUGUGGAAGAUGAAAAGGAGGUUAAUAUUCAUGAUUGGGAAGAAAAAGAAAAAGAAAAAGAAGAAGAAGAACUUAGUGACGUAAAUAAAAGUGAUGAAGAUAGUUUUCAACAAAGGAAUGGAGAAUUAAAGGGUGAAAAUGAAUUGGCAAAUGUGAAUGGUGGUGCAGUAAUUGGAACCAAGUGUUGUAGUUCAUGUAUGUUUGACUUGGCCAUGCCCGCAAUAAGGCCACUUCAUACGUAACAUUAGUUGCCAUCUCUUCACUUCUCUGUUUUCUUUAGAAUGAACAAAAUUUUUGUUAGUCUAUUUUUUUUGUGA